AUGGAAGGCGUUAAAUCACCCUUCCCACCAGCUAGCGACGUGCCGUUGCAUCGUAAUCCCCCGUUAGCACCAUCUCAAGAACUAGCAUAUAGAAACAAGUGCAUCCAGCUGAAAAAGCGGCUGCAGGAGAUCGAAACCAACAACUCGCAAACCAGAGCGCGCAUAUCAGCCGAGAAAGAGCGAAUACAAAAACAGCGUCUCCUGCGGUCGAUAUUACUUCACCAGUUGCGGGAAAUUAUGGAAACUCCCGGCAGGAGAUGGCGACCUGAAGAACUAGAACGACUAGGCAUUCAAGUCAAUGGCAAUGCCGAUGGUGAAGAAGGUCUUCAUGGAGGACGUCCCGACGGGGAAGUCUUACUUGAUGAUAGCACCGAUGACAGUGACGAUGAAUUACCAGAGCAACGAACUGCACCAAAACCGGGGUUUACACCUAGUGGAUAUGAGUGGAUGAAUCCUGGAAACCAAUCCUCACCAAACCACCCACAUCCUGCCGCUCAAACUGUUGGUCCUGUAAUCCAUCAUCCCAUUACUACCACGACGCGUUCGAACUCCGUGUCCCAGCCUGCGCAACUUCAAGUACAGGAACGAGAAGAACCAGCUUCGAAUGGUUAUGAGAGACUGAUCAAUCCACCUUCCACUCAUAGUGCUGCACAACCAGUUCGCCCAUCGCCGCCUUAUUUGCAGUUCUGCGAGCAUAUGCGCCCGCAACUCGAGGCAGACAACUAUCCAAGAGAACAUCUACAAAGUCGCAUAGACGAAGAAUGGCGGAAGCUAUCCCAGGAGAAUCGAGGUCUAUGGGAAGAGAGGUACAAUGACCAGAUGCGGGAUUACGAGGACCAAAUGGAUAUUUGGAAGCGUACUCAGAGAAACGCUAAUGCAACCGCUAUGAGGAACAUAAGGUAG